ACAGCUUUGGUCGACACAACAUGAUCAACAUGUCUAUGUCAUUCUUGUCAACGCGACCAUUUAUUUUAUCUAGUUUUAAUAAGUUGUUACGUUCAUCGUUUGUUAAUAUUCCAGAGAAAUCCUUGCUCAUCUCAAAUCAAAGGUCUUGUAAUGAAUGCUCCUCAGUAGCUACAGCUUCUACAGCCAGUUUGCAUACAAUCUUAGAGCAAUGGACUUCAAAAUUUCAGUCACUCAGCAUAUCAGAACCUGAAUCUAGCUGCAGCCUAAUUAUGGCAUAUGCACUGGGGGAAAAGACUCUGUAUAAUGUUGAGAAACAGAUUAUACUUACAAAAGCGCAAAUUGAAAGAAUCAACAGACUUUGUCAACUUCGUUUAUCAGGAAUGCCAGUUCAGUAUGUGAUAGGAGAAUGGGACUUCUGUGACAUUACUUUAAAAAUGAAGGCACCUGUCCUCAUACCUAGACCAGAAACUGAGGAGCUUGCAAAUCUGUGUAUUGAUUCUUUAAAGCACAAAGAGAAUUUAGAAAGUGGCAAGAUUUUAGAAAUUGGCUGUGGUACAGGGGCAAUAACUCUGACAUUACUUAACACAUUUAAAAAUAUCAAUGCUGUGUCUGUUGAUGUAUCUUCUGUAGCAUGUGAGUUGACAAAAGAAAAUGCUGAUAUCAUUGGAGUUUCAGACAGAUUAAAUGUUAUUGAAGGGGAUUUUACUUGUGAGAAAGUUUUAGAGGAACUGGCAACACAUGGGCCUUUUGAUUUAAUAGUUAGCAACCCUCCCUACCUUAGAACAGAAGACAUAAACAAUCUACAGACAGAGGUUAGAUGCUUUGAAGAUCAUCAUGCAUUAGAUGGUGGAUCAGAUGGCAUGAAUUUAAUUAAACAUAUUCUGCUAAAAUCAACUGACUUACUACACAAUAAAGGUGAUCUAUGGCUUGAAGUUGAUCCAGCACAUCCACAGCUGAUUACUGAAUUUAUCAAGCAAUCUGUCAUCUGUAAAUCUCUUGUUCUAGAUAAUGUAGUCAAAGAUAUGUUUGGAAAGGACAGGUUUUGUCAUCUGCAGAGAGAUUAGUUACACAACGCAGUCAAAUGUUCAUCUCUUUUUGGUUUGAAUGGAGUAAAUAAAGG